UACGUGAUGAUUGUACCAACUCUCAUGGAAUCCAUGUUCACAUAACAUGAGAGUGAUUGCCAAUUCACCUGUUAGCGCAACCAUGGCCUGCCCCACCUUCACAUUCCUCAAACGCCAACCUCGGUUGUGAGCGGCCCCCCAAUUCCCCAACCUGUUGGAGGCGCCGAGGCGGCGCGCCAACGCGACUAGGCGGCAACGAUGUAGACAACGAAAGGACACAAACUCACAGCCGACAUCGCUUGAUUACUGAACAUCUCAUCAACAAAAUCAGCGUCGCAUUUCCGUCCAAACUUUGUGUGAAUCACAGCAAGGAUCUACCAUACGACAGCUCAGGCCGAAUAACUCAACAUGUCACACGGUUCUAUGGCCAGCACAAUGCGGGAGCAAGUUGCGGUAGACGACCUGGGAUCAGACCAUUUCACCAGUCGCGUCGAUCCCGCCCGCAUGGGAAACAAGGCAAAUAUUGCCUACGGGGGUUGUACCAUCAGUAUCGGCGUCCAAGCGGCAUGCAGCACUGUAUCGCCCAAGUACCUGCUGUAUUCGGCGACGGGCAACUACUUAGGCCCAGCGUUGACAGACCGCAAGCUCAAAUGUACCGUCCGAAGAGUCCGCGAUACGAGAACAUUCGCGACCAGAUUGGUUGAGAUCAGCCAAGAUCAAGACGACGGCAAACCCAGGCUCUGCAUGAUCAUGCUGGCCGAUUUCCAAGUGAAAGAAGAGGCUUCUCUUCUUGUAUACUCAGCACCGCCAUCAAUGAGCUACUCACCGCCUGAGAAGUGUCUCACAACACAGGAGGCAACUGAAGAUAAGGUGCAGAGGGGUGUUGUGACAAAAAAGCUGGGGGUCCUGUACCUGGCUACUUUUGGGUUUAACAGCCGCUUCUUUGAGACCCGCGGCUGUCCGGAGACAAUUGCACCGAACAACCUCUACGGCAUGGCCAAGACUGUCAAGACGCCCCAGGAAAGUCUCGACUUGACAUCGAAGACCUCGGCCGAUUGGUUCCGUUGUCGCCAUCCCCUGGAGCGACUCCAAGAUCGGUUCUCUGCACUGGGGUUCAUCCUGGACGCAGCUCUGUCCUUCAUCCCCCUGACCCACAGCAGCAAGUUCCUAGAUGACGCCGGUCCUUGCUCCUCACUAGACUUUGCGUUGAGGUUCUUCACUGCAGAAAUCAACUUGGACAACUGGCACCUUAGAGAGAUGAAGACUAUCGCCGGCAACGACGGCCGAACUUACACUGAAGCCCGGCUUUGGGAUCAACAGGGGAACAUGGUCGCUACCAUGAACCAGCAAUCUAUUAUGCGGCCUCUGAAGAAGGAUAUUCAAGCCGCUCUCUAGAAGCUUACAAGGCUCGAGUAUCCUAGGGAAAGCAGGAGUGUGGAUUUUGUCGGAUGUGGAGGAGAUUCCCUUUGGCGAAGCUUCUUGUUAGAUGGUGUUAGGGUUAGAAUCCUAAAAUAGUCAUUAUCCAAGAGAAGAGAGGUUUAUGUGGCGUGAGUAGAUGUUGUAUUAAGAAGUCACUUCUUUGAUUCAACCCCAUACAAUACAUCUGAUAACCC